AUUAACUUCAACACUUUUUUAAUAAUUUAAUAUCGAUGCACGGAAACUCUAUUUAUUCGAGAAAUGAAAAAAAAAAAAACAAACACAACAAGGCUUGGAGAAUACAGUUAAAAACAUACACACAAUAUUUCAAAACAAAAAUAAUUCGGAUAUUUAAAAACAAACAAAAGAAACAAUAUAUUUUACUAAAAAAAAUAGCAGCUGAUUGCUUUAUUUUGCAUUUGGAGAAGAUAUCAGCGAAAAUUGAGAAGCCUAGGCCUGCAAUGCACACAUACAAUGAAGGUUUAAAUUACGUGCCACUACUGGCAGCACAAAACGCCGCACCACACAUGAGCAACGGCGGCGGAGUUUGCUUCAACACAGCACAACGUGCCGCACGAGGGAUGUCUCCGACGACUUUGGGCAGCGUCAUCUGUUACAACGGCAACUAUGAGGGCGAUCUCAGCAUGUUCGGCAGCAAGCCAACACUGCAGGCGCUGACACAGCAACGCCGCCUGGAGCUGGUGGAAACCGAUUCGGACACCGAGUACCGACGCGAAUUGGAAGCUUAUCAACCGCCACAGCGUAGUAACGCGCACCAAAGUAGCGGCAUUGAGCGGCAACUGCGGCGACUGCUCAUCUACUAUGGUGACCGUUUGUUGAGCCCCAAGCGACGCCAACAAGCCACAGCAUUCACGAGCAGCAUCUAUAAGAGUUCAUAUUAUCAACGCACAAGCGAUUUGCUGUACCGAGCCUGCGCCUGGACGCUGUGGCUGUUGCGACUGAUGCUAUUCACGCUGCUGCGCUUCAGCAACAGCAGCUAUGGUUGUUGGCGUAGUUGUAUUUUGAUGCGGAAUACAGCGCGCCGCGUGCUCUGGUGGAUGACAUUGGCCAAAUGUGGCGAUGUGAAACUCUUCGUGAUGAUAUUGAUCGGCACACCGCUCGUAUUCGUCAUCGGCGUGGUGGGCCUGCUACUCUCCGUCUAUUGUGCGUUGCGUGAAUGUUUUAGUAAUGCAAAUUUUCUACGCCGAUUUCAUGUCACCUGAAUUAGACACACACACACAUGCCGCGCCACCAUAUAGAGAACGAUAUAUUUUUGAGGAUUUUCAAGGAUAUUAAUUAUAAAUGAGCGAAAUUCCAUGUGCCUCUGUCAUAAAGCGCACUCUACAACAAAAAGAUAUAUUUCUAUAUAUAUAUUUUUUGCAACUUUUUCACUAUUAUUAAAUUUAUUUUGCAUAAAUUUAGUGCAGCAAAUAAA